CUUCCAUGCAAUUUUAUUUCUAAUACAAUUUUUACACUUUAAAAGAACUCAAGCUGGGUUUGCCUAACUGGUAUCCUAGCACAGCGUGAUGUGGGUGAUUGGCCAUCCCAAGUACCAAGAAUCCAAAAGAAUUGCAAUCUUCCUGAGCAUGCCAGAUGAAGUCCAGACAGAAGAAAUAAUCAAGGAUAUUUUUAAGCAAGGCAAAGAGUGUUUCAUCCCCCGUUACAAGCCCCAGAGCAAUCGCAUGGACAUGCUGAAGUUAUCAUCAGCUGAAGACAUUUCUUCACUUGCUUUGACAUCCUGGAAUAUUCUUCAGCCCAGUGAUGAUGACAGUACAAGGGAGGAAGCUCUUGAUGGAGGAGGUCUUGACCUUAUCUUCAUGCCAGGCCUUGGGUUUGACAAAAAAGGCAACAGAUUGGGAAGAGGGAAAGGAUAUUAUGAUACCUAUCUUGAAAGAUGUAUGAAACAUCCCAGUGGAAAGCCUUACACGAUUGCCUUGGCUUUUAGAGAGCAGAUUUGUGAAUCAGUGCCUGUGACAGAAAAUGAUGUUCCAAUAGAUGAAAUCCUUUAUGAAGACUGCUGAAAGUGUCUUGAUACCAACCUAGCUUCAGAGCAGCCAACCAAAGACGUCAGAUCUAUCAAUCAUGGGGUUUUUAAUUGUCAUAUAUUACUUUGGGAACAAUAAAAUACCCUAUUUGUGUUUGGGAAAAAAAAACAAAAAAAACAGUGUAAAUGUGGUAAUGGUAGUGAGGAUUACAUUGAUUUGCUUCUAAUUAGCAAAUGUCUGGUGUGAAUUCUUAUUCUAGAAUCUAUAGAAACAAGAAUGUGUGACUAUUACAUAAGGGACCAUUUCUUCUCACCAUAUUUUUGAGGUACAAGCUUCUUGAUACUUAACAGUUUUAUUAUUCCAGUUUAAAAGUUAAACAUCUGCUAAUGUCAGUUCUUGAUCCAUUGCCGAAUUAGAUACUUCUUAUGGUUAAAGUUCUUAGUACUGAAAUAUUGUGUACAUCCAUGAGCAAAACAAGAAAUUGCCAGAUAAGUCCUAGAGUAAGCUGAGAAAAAAAAUGGUGAUUGGAAAAAAGCUGUAAUUGAUUGUGGUGUAUACAAUAAUUUUGGCUGUUUACUUGGCUCCUUGCAGUUGUCUUAAAAUAAAGGGAGUAUCUGAUAUUAAAAAAAGGCUUAUGUCCAUAACUUUGGUAUAUGGUUCUUUCUUUAAUGGAAGACAAGAUUGUAAUGUAGUCUAAAAUGUGGUCAGUGAGUUUUCCCUCUGGAGUGAAACAGCUCUUUUUUUUUUUUUUUUUUUUUUGUAAAAUAAUAUUCAAAAUUACUUAAAGUUCUCUAAUUUUGUGCGUGGGCCAUUCAUAAUCUCCAAAAAUACUAUGUGUACUUUGGGUGCUAUGUUAAAUGAUAAAGAGAUGCUAAGAAUUGUAGAGAGCAGGUUCUCCAGACCGUCAUGGAAAUCCGGAAGAAGACAGUGAGUUUCCUCUGCACACUGUCCUCGUAGCAAUAGGGCACAGUAUUUCCAGUCAGGAUCAAUCAAACUGUCAGAAUUUUGUGUUCCUUUCUCAGUGCAAUUUCACCUUUUCUGUGCAUGUUUAACUCUUCCCUCAAUCAAUAAAUCAGUGCAUUUAUUUUCA